UGCUGUUUAUUUUAGGUGGCAUACUGUCUAACAGAUGCAUUGGCCUUAAUGAGAAAGGAUGUUAAGAGGAAAAUGAACAAGGAUUCUGUCACAGACAGUAACUGCUAUAUGUCAGAACUGGAAACUAGCACAAGUGGCUCAAAUAGUUCAGAUUCUGACGGACUUCCUGUUCACUUGCUGCACCCGCAAAAAGGUUUAGAGAAUAAAAAAACUACUGUUGAGAAGAAAAAGAAAAAAUUAAUAAGUCGUAGGGAAAGACAGAGAUUCCAUCUGGACCGAAUGAGGAGUAACAAACCGGCAAAGGUUGUGGAGAGCAGCAGCAGUAAUAAAGACUCUGGUGUGUCUCAUCAAAAAACAGAUCCAGAGAAAAAAAAAGAGAACACUGUUGGAGGACAGAAGAGGAGAUGGCGGCCAAAAGGUCUGAGGAGGAAAUCUGAAAUCACAUCUCCAACCACUCAUGUUGAGGAGGGGAACUGUCAGGAAAACCUGUGCACAUCAUGCAAUCACCACGGGUUAGAGGACGUCCCAAGUACGUUAACCUUUGUGUCACCUCCAUCAGGCGAUGAAGUGAUGAAGAGAAGACAGACGAGCUGCAGCUGUCAGCUUCUCACUCUGAGCCUUCCUCCUUCAAAUCUGAUGCAGAUCAAACAAUACAGCUGUCCACCAUCUUUGUCUUCCUAUCAAGGCUGUAAAGGUUUAUCAAAUUUCUUUAUGGCUUCGUGCAGGGUUUCUCCUUCUGCAUUUGACAGGACAGGUCCAGGCGUCGCUCCAUCCACAGCCGUUAUCAGCAACAGAAGUUUACAGAAGGUCUCAAAUGACUUUUUAUCCAUCGGUGCCACUAAAUUGCUCACAGGCAUGACCAAAACAACACAGUGGAGCAGAGGUCGAAAGGAUUCAUGAAAAGGGUCAUCAGGACAAUCGUUCUUUACCGUGCCUGCAAAAUUUGUU